CUCGGAAGGAUGGAAGGCUGAGUCGACCUUGAGCCGGUUUUGUGAUCCUGAGUUGCCAGAUGAAAUAUGCCCGAAAUAAUAUUAAAUGGCAUUACUAUUGACUUUCCAUUUCCACCCUACGAAUGUCAGGAGGCAUAUAUGUCCAAAGUGCUUGAGUGCUUGCAGAAGCAAGUGAAUGGGAUCUUGGAGAGCCCCACGGGCACAGGGAAGACGUUAUGCCUCCUGUGCUCGACCUUGGCAUGGCGAGCGCACUUCAAGGAUGCCAUUUCCGCACAAAAGAUUACUCAAGUACUAAAAGGAGAUGAACUUUUUCCGGACCACCCCUUGUCGUCUUGGGGCAAUGCUGUCACAGGGACCGAAGUUCCAGCUUAUUACAGUGAUGUCCCGAAAAUAAUUUAUGCCUCCAGAACACAUUCGCAGCUUGCUCAGGUCAUCAGCGAAUUGAAGAAUACUGUUUACAGGUAAAGAAAGAAUUUCAGCUUCCAAGUGUGAAAAGUG